GGCUGGUGAAGCAAACUUCUACAUGGAAAAUCCAUGUGUUCAUAGGCAUGGGGUUGGACUUUCUACCAACAAUUUGUGAUUCCAUCAAGAGUCUGGAGAUUGGCGACUGUGAGAAGCUAAAGAGGAUUCCUCUACAUCUUUCCUCGCUUGACAAUGGCCAGCCUCCUUCCCUCAAACAAAUUCAGGUAGACACAAAAGAACGCUAGGAAUCAUUGGAAUGGGACCAAUCCAAUGCAAAGGAUGUCCUUCUACCUUCCAUCAAGUUCGGUUGGGAUGGGCUAUGAAACAAAGGAAUGCAGGCUCUUUGGUGAUUGGGCGGGGCAAAUGUAAGACUUUUCAGUUUCAGUUUUCCAUUUCUGAUUCUAAUUCUGAUUCAACUCAGUAGGAGUUUUCAUUUUUUAUGCUUUUCUUCUUCCUUUCUAUCUCAACAAAUCUCUCUCUCUCAUUAUUGUCUUUUCUUUUCAAUAUCUUUUGUUUCUUCUCCCCAUUGGCAGCAAAACUGGAGUUGGACUCUGUUACCACAAGAAAGCCGAAGGAAAUAACCUUUGCUUACACCUGUUGUUGUCGGGUUUUCAAUUUAAUAUACAUAGGCUUGCUCUUUUAUUUUAUUUGUAUGUUGUGAUUUUAAAUAUGUCAAAUUCUAAGUGGAAAUGUUUGUUUCUUUACCUGUGUAAUUUUGUAUUUCAAUCCUAUGAUCUGUCUUAUUUCCUAUGGUAUUUCCUUCUCUGCAUUUGCAUCUUUGCUUUUAUUGUAAUAAUCAUUUUAGCUAAAA